CUCUUUUCAAUUUAUUCAUUUUAUUUGAUACCACUUUUUAUAUAUUCAUGUAUUACGAUGCUCCCCAAUGAAAUACAACAAUUGAUUUGUCAUAUAGCGAUAACACAGUCUGAGAAUAGUGUCAAGACUAUGCUCCUACUCCUGAAAGUGAACAAACUAUGGGCUCAUUUUGUCUGUAGUCAUUAUUAUCGUCAUUAUCGAAUAGAUAAGUAUGUGACAUUCAUUGGGUUUUACAACACUAUAGUAUCUAAACAAACAGUACUACCAUAUGGUCAUUAUAUAUAUUCUUUAGACUUGACACCCAUCAACAAGUAUGGAGUGGAUAUGCGUACUCAUGAAUUGAUUCGACAUUGCCCCAAUCUCAAGUCGGUGACACUAGGACAUCCGACUAGUUUGAAACCUACGACUAUACGCUGGAUGGCUCGAUACUGCAAACAAUUGGAAACAUUAUCGGUUGGAGCUUUGGAAAGCUUUCCUUUCAUGUUGGAAUGCGAUUUUUCAAACUUGAAUAGUUUGAAGAAAAUUGUAUUUUCGACAACACCUUUGCUCAAUUCCUCCCUAUUGACUUUACCCCGAUCUUUACAGCAACUACAUUUGAUACGAAUGGAUUCUUUGGAUACGGAAACUAUGACAGCAUUUUUUCAACAAAGACAGACAAAAAGGAAUUAUGAAAAGAUCACACAUUUGGCAAUCCACCGAUGUCCCCGAUUAUUGGAAAACAUGACAAGUUGGUUACCUUUGAAUCAUCUAAAGUGGCUGUCUCUUUCUGGACUUGAUGUUAGGGAUGAACAUGUGAUUGCUUUAUUAUCAAUGCCUGGUGAAUUGGAUAGGUUGGAAUUGAAGAAUACUCAAAUCACGACAAAAACUUUGAAUUUUUUGGCUACUGCUAGAUCUUGUGAUAGUGCUGCUGGUCAGCGUCGUCUUGAAGUCAAGGAAUUACGCUUGGACAAGAAUCUGAAUUUGGACAAUCAACAAUUGUAGCUAUAGAUAGAUGGUCUUUUUUUUAUGAACUAGUUAUUGUUUAUCUAGUGAAAAAAACUGUAUAUUAUUCUUAAUACAAAUAAACUUUUGUUGCAUUAUUUA